AUGGUGCGACUUUUUGACCUUUCAAAGUCGCAAGACAUCGAUGAGAUCUCAGACCACACAGCACAGAGCCCAGACGUUUUUUCGAGCGAUGAAGAAUCAAAUCAACCGAGUGGAACAGCUUCUAAGAGAGGCAUUUCAGGCAUGAAAGCCGCAAUAUCUAAUGCGACAAAGCGUUUUCAUCAUGGAAUUUGGAUUGAGCCACCAGUCAAAGAGUGUGACUUAGAUUGGAGACCUACUGAUGAGCAAUUGUUAUUUGCGAAUGAGAUCGGUUGGGGAGAAAGUGCAGUCUCGCAAAGUGUUGAGAAAAAGAUGUGGAGGCUUCUUCCGAAGGAAGUUAGGGAAACGGAGAAUACAGAGGUGAAAAAGAAAACUACUAUGAGAAAGCGAAAGGCAAUGAGUAUACCUGCGCCUGAUUCAACGGAGGAGACGCCUGAGAGUACAGGUAGACGAAGUCAGCGAGUACGCAAAAAGGUCACAACAUACAAUGACAUGAGCUUGGCUAGGAUAGCUGUAUCUUUCCCAAACGAGUAUCAAAGUGAUAGUGGUGCUCCAGAGGACACGGCUCGGCAACAAAAAUCGGCAUCGAAACAGCCUCAGAUAGCUAUGGAAGAUCAAGUCAGUUCACUUGUUAGAUCAGAGGCCGAGUCGUCCGGCAGGGAGCCUGAGAUUAUUGGAAGACGAAGUCGAAGAGCACGCCGAUGGCCAAAACUUAUAAUACCAAGAUUCUGA